AUGUCUAGUAAAGUCCCAGUGCAUAGGCUUCCUCCGUUGCCCAGGUUGAAGGUAAAAAAACCCAUUAUUCAACAGGAAACUAACAAAUGCUUGGUGCUGAUGUCAAAUCUAUUGCAGUGCUGGUCUUCCAACGGCCACAUGAGUCCCGUAUGUGAAAACUUGGUGAAAGAUUUGAAAGUUUGCUCUGCUGAAAGUGCCAUGGGCAAAAAAGCAGGUGUUCAGAAGAGUAACAUCAAUUAUCAUGCGGCCAGACUUUAUGACCGGGUUUCUGGUAAACCUCACGACUGA